GAUCAAGCCGUGUUGCUCUCAUCAAACAUUUCAGAACUCCGUCCCGAGCCGACGUCGCAAACAGCCACCCAAACGCGCGCUUGCCGUUGGUUACAUACCACUCCUGUUUAUAUAUAGCAUGAGUUCUACUAUGCCGAUGUAAUGCGACGCUCUGGCAGGCUCCUUGCGCUCGCGCUUGCUACGCUCCUGCUCUGCGCUGACGGCUGGCUUAGUGGUGAAUGGCUGGGAAACGAUCCCUGGGCGCGCACGAAGCACCGCCCCGAGUUCAAUUGGAAAUGGCGAUGGGCCGAGGUCAAGUCGUCCAAGUCGGACUCGCACCCUAAACCGCAACACAGCUCUGGCGUUGAAGUCAGGGCCAACCUGCAAGCCGCACUAGAUAGCUACGAAUACACGCUGCCUCUGACGCAGCUGCGUCGAGGAGUGGUUUACACUGGCUCUGCCAACCGCCUUCGGCGGGUGCUGCACAAGGCCGCGACGGAUGGCGCGUCAAUCAAGGUCGCAGCCAUCGGCGGCAGCAUCAGCUGGGGCCACGGCGCCAGCCAGCGCGGCGAGACCGACUGGUUCUCGGUGUUCAGCAGAUGGCUGAUCGACGCCUUCCCCCGCGCGUCGGUGGUGGCGCGCAACGGCUGCACCCCGGGCGUGCCCACCCCCUACAUGAUCAUGUGCCUGGAAGCCAGCGUGGAUCCAGACACGGAUUUGGUUUUCGUGGAGUACACACUAAACGACGCGCACUCUCUGGGCGGCCCGGGUCUGCUGGGUCUGGCCGCAGGCGGCGAGGGGGCGCUGUACGGCAACCGCAUCGUCAAGGACGCAGAGAGGCUGCUGCGGCGACUGCUGGUACUGCCCAACAGGCCGGCAGUCGUGUUCAUGCACACGCCACCUGUGGGACUCGCCAACUACCCCAAGGGACACCCCAAGAACCCGCUCAACAAGGGCCACAGGCCCUUUUACAUGACCAGUGAGGACGCGCAAGGCGCCCUGGCGCAGUACUACGACGUGCAGUACCUGUCGCUGCGUACGGCGGUGUACCGGCUUGCCGUACACACUGACACGCCCGGGUUCCGGUGGGAGGACGUGUUCAUUGACCACCACCCCGGUGACCACGGGCACAAGAUCAUGUCGGAUCUGGCCGUACACCUGCUGCAGCGUACGGCACACGACCUGUUGCAGUUGCCGUACGGGGCGGAGGAUGAGCAUGUGGCGGGGGAGCCGCUGCCGCCGCCCAUGUACCCGGGCAAUGUGCCGCCCGACGCGCCCAUGUGCCGUGUCGGCGAUCUGUUCAGGGCUAUGGUUAAAACCGCGGACGGUUUUACCUACGUCAACGAGGGCACGGCCGAGAAGCCGAAACCCGGUUACGUGGCCACAAAACCGGGAUCCGUACUGCGCAUCGCGAUCAGCACCGAUCGAUCGCCAGUGGCGGCGGUUGGAGCCGCCGCCGCCGGAUCCGCGCUGGCGGGCGGCGGCGGCGGCGGCAUUGCGGCGGCUACGGCCGCAGUUGCGGCGGCUACGGCGGCUGUACUGCCCAACGCCACUCCCGUACACGUGUACUUGCACCACCUGCGUUCGUACACAAACAUGGGGGUAGCAAAGUUCCGCUGCGUGUCGGGCUGCAGGUGUAAGGAGGUGGAGGUGGACGCCCACCACGACGACCACACCUCACAGGUCUUCCUAGCCGGACUGGAGGCGACACAGGCACCCGACUGCAUUGUUGAAGUCAAGGUCCUGGACAAGACAAGCAGCGGCGGCAACAAGUUCAAGGUGUCGGGUGUGGUGGUGGCUGAGCGCCCCGGUGCCGGUGACGCCCUGUCCCGCAUGGGCACCGGACACGGCAAGCAGUUCGGGCUGGCGGCACAUGCAGACGAGGAGGCGGGCGCACAACAGCUGGUCUUCACCAGCGGCGGCGGCAGCAGCUGAUGGAGCAGCAGUAGCAGUAGAUAGCAGCGGCAGUAGCAGCAGCGGCAGUGGCAGCAGCUGCAGUGGCAGCAGCGGCAGUAGCAGCAGCGGCAGCAGCAGUAGCUAAUAAUGCAGCCCUGCUGCAGCUGAUGCGGCAGGAACGGAAUCAGAGUUUGGGAAGCAGGGGGGGCGAAAGUAGGGGGGGUGGGGUUAUUAAUGGGCAGCGGUGAAGUGGUGGGUGCGUGGGUGCAUAAGUGCAUCAUCAAGGCGGCACUGCAGUGCAUGCAUACGCAUUGUGGGGAUGCUAUAUACGGUCCAUAGCCGCGUAGUGUGCGCUGCAAGCUCUGAACAGGUCGGGGGCUAGCUGGUGAUGGGUACCGUGGGUAGGCACUACUACUUAGGCAGCCAGGCAACGCGCAUGAGGAGGGGCCCGCUAAUAAAAUGCCCUCAGGGAAUGGGACCUGUGGUCACGCUGGCAUCGGAAGUCCUCCGUUGCAAUGUGGUAUCAGACGCGGGAGGUAGGUGGGGCGGAUUCGACCAUUUCGUGCGUGUGGCACUGAGCGUGCGAUCUGCUGAGCGUGCAAUCUGAGCGUGCAAUGUAAGUACAAGCACGCAGAGCCCAUCGCGUGCUGC